GUGUGCGCGCUCACGGAAGGUGACGGAGGGUCGUUUCACACUGAAACACCAGGAUAUUUCAUCCAUGCGUCUUUAUUUCCUUCUUUCAUUCCUCCGAGGUAUUCGGAGGCGCCGAGGAGACAGAGGGUGGAAGUUGCGAGUUGUGUGUGAGUGAGGACAGCCAAAGUAAACAGUCUGCAGAGAAGCUGCAGCUCAGGCAACGGGAGCCAUGAAGAAGAACGACAACUCAGCCACAGGCAGCUGGAAGUUAAACAACAACCAUAUCUCUGCAGUGAAGAACUCCUGCCAUCCCAAUCUGAAGAUGUUCCUUGCAGCCCUGUCCUUCGCAUACUUUGCCAAGGCUUUAUCUGGCAGCUAUAUGAAGAGCACAAUUACACAACUAGAAAGGCGAUUUGACAUAUCCAGUUAUCUGAUCGGCAUCAUAGACGGGAGCUUUGAAGUAGGGAAUUUGCUGGUGAUUGCCUUUGUGAGCUAUUUCGGCGCCAAACUCCACCGACCCAAGAUCAUAGCAAUCGGGUGCAUCUUGAUGUCUUUCGGGACAUUCUUGAUCGCCAUGCCGCAUUUCAUCAUUGGCCGCUAUAAGAUCGAAACAUCAGUUAGAUCUUCAGUGAAUUCAACCAGUAACCUCUCUCCAUGUCCAGUGAGCUCACCUGAGUCCAUCAGGGCAGGUUACAGACCCUCCAUACUGCCCUCUAGAGGAUGUGUGCGUGAGUCCAGUGUUUCGAUGUGGAUCUACGUGUUUUUGGGAAAUGUCUUGCGUGGGAUUGGAGAGACUCCAGUACAGCCUCUGGGGAUCUCCUACAUUGAUGAUUAUGCACAGCCUGAGAAUGCUGCCCUCUAUAUUGGUUGUGUCCAAACAAUAUCAAUAAUUGGUCCUGUGUUUGGGUACCUGCUGGGGUCGCUUUGUGCCAAAAUCUAUGUCGACAUUGGUUAUGUGCACAUGGAGACUGUGACUAUCACGCCCGGUGAUGCCCGCUGGGUGGGGGCAUGGUGGCUGGGCUACCUCAUCACCGGCACCAUCACUCUCAUAUCUGCUGUUCCUUUCUGGUUCCUGCCCAAGUCGCUGCCAAUGCCUGUGGAAAAACACGAUACCAGCUGCACUCCAGAGCAAACCCGGUUCAUCAAAGAUUCCCCGACCAUGGAGCACAAGUUCAGACCUGAGGAGCCGGCUAAUUUACAUCAGAUGGCCAAAGAAUUUCUUCCAGCUUUGAAGAGUCUCCUUGGAAAUCCUGUGUACGUCAUCUACUUAUGUGUGACCAUCAUUCAGUUCAACUCUCUCAUCGGGAUGGUCACCUACAAACCCAAGUACAUUGAGCAACAUUACGGCCAGUCAGCAUCCAAAGCCAAUUUUCUCAUGGGCAUGAUCAACAUCCCGGCUGUGGCCCUCGGGAUGUUCUCCGGAGGGGUCAUCAUGAAGAAGUACAAGCUGGGUAUCAUGGGAGCCGCUAAAUUUGCCUUCGGGACUUCACUGUUGGGCUACUUCCUGUCACUCUUUUUCUUCGCCAUGGGCUGUGAUAACUCCAAGGUUGCAGGGAUCACCGUGUCAUACACUGGAGCAGAAGGUUUGUCUCAUCAGGAGCGCUCUCUCUUCUCCGACUGUAAUUUGGAUUGCUUGUGCUCAGGAAGAGAGUGGGACCCGGUGUGUGGAGAGAACGGGAUCACAUACGUGUCCCCAUGCUUGGCUGGGUGCACCUCGUCCUCUGGCUCUGGGAGAAACAUGGUUUUCGACAAUUGUAGGUGUAUGGCUGUGGCUAACCCCCAGCCGGGAAAUCAGACGGUCACUCUGGGCCAGUGUCCGCGCGGGGACAGCUGUGACAAAAUCUUCCCAUACUUUCUGGCUCUGUCCGUCCUCAGCUCGUUCUUUAUCUCUCUCGGGGGAACACCAGGCUAUAUGCUUCUCAUCAGGUUCAUUAAACCUGAGCUGAAAUCACUUGCACUUGGGAUCCACACACUGGCCACUCGCACACUCGCUGGAAUACCUGCCCCUAUAUACUUUGGAGCAGUAAUCGACACAACAUGCCUCAAAUGGGGAUACAAGCUGUGUGGAGGAAGAGGAGCAUGUAGAAUAUAUAACACUGCAGCUUACAGGAUAGUGUACCUGGGCCUGGCUCUGGGAUUGAGGACUGUCUCCUUCUUCUUUUGUAUUUUGGGUUUUGCACUCUUCAAAAGACAUAUUAAGAGGGAGGAGAAAAGCGCCCUGACCAAUGGGAACGCAGAGAUGGAGUCCCUAAGGAAAGAGGAAAACAGCUCCACACACUGUGAGCAAUUUGUUCUGGCCUUGGACUGCAGUCCUGACAGAGAAACUCGCUUGUGAGCUUCAGGACAACCUCUUCAUCUCCUCUGAAUCAGCUCCAGGGAGCAGCACCUCAGGUGUGCAGAGGAACACACACUGCGGACGCAUUUCAGAGCACACGAUAUAAAGUAUAGUACAGGAUUUGUUUAAACAUACGAUUACGGACAAAGAACCACUUUAUAAACAUGCUAUUUCAGGAAUGUAUGCAUUUAUGUUUGUUUUUCAUGAAUUUAACGCUUUUGUAGAAAAAACUAAUGUAAUUGUGCUUCAUGUAAUAUAUUUGUCUUUUUUUUAAUGAUAAAACUUGACGGUUAAAAUGUUCGCUUUCACUUCAGCAGAGAUUCCUGUGUUAAACAGACCCGCAGACUGUUUCUGUGGCACAUCAGCCGGAAUAACUGGGAGUGAAGCUGCACUGAGACAAAGUUGGUGUUUGAAUCUUAGAACGAAUGAGGUCAGUAACCUGAUCAAAGCAACAGAGGAGCAGCUGCCCACUGAAAGAUUUUAUGUUGAGGCCAAACAAUCAGUCAUGAUGUCAUAUAUAUCAGUCUUGUAGAAGAACCGCUGUUUCAUUACAAUUUGUGGCUUCAGCAGUCAAACUUAUCUCUAUGAGAGGGAGAAGUCAUGUCUGCUGGUGAGGACUGUGAUAGACAGCUUCAGAACAAGUGUGUGUGUGUCGAGCUUUGGAUGAGUUUUGCAGCAUUGAUUUACAAACCCUUUCACAUGUACUGUACCUGACUGCACAUUGUAUAAUAUUUGUACAGUAGCCACCAGUGUGCCUCGUCAUUACGGAGCGUCUUGCAUUUUGUUUUCAAAAUGUAAUCUUAUGUUGUGUCUGUGUGGUGUCAGCCUUUUUUCUGCACGACCGUGGGGAACUCAAAGUCAGGGUUUGCUGUUUGUUUUCAAUGUACAUACUGUAUACUAAUGUAACAAAAAAUUACCAAAAAAAGUAGGAAAAAACAGAACAGUCACAUUUUCCUGUAUGUUUGCAGGAAGAUCUACUUGUAGGAAACUUAAUAAAGCUGAAAAACAGAUGCAAACACAACUCAGUAGAGUGCACACCUCUGCAAAUUCACUGAGAAAUCAACGAAAAUGUUUAAAAGCGCCCUAUCUCACUGUGUUAAAGAAAGUGAAGAAAAAUCCUGGAUCUGCCCCCUGAUCCAGAACCACAGCAAACUUUAAUGAAUUCUUUCCUGAUCUAUGCUUCAGCCCUCUACUAAGCUUUGUGGUAAUCUGUCCAGUAGUUUUCUACAAACAAACAAACAUGCAA